ACUCAUCCCAAACCGAACGAAUUCACAGUAUUCCAGUAUUCCUAUCCAAAUAGUGUUAUCCCCAUCGUCGAGUUAUCUGGGAACACAGCGUCGGUGCACCAUUCCGCUCGUUUCAGUUCCCAGCCUCGCCGCCAAAUUGCACUUUCUUCCCUCCGACACACCCCGCCAUAUAUCCACGCAGGUGCAUCCUCGGUCUUCACCUGCCAUAACUCAUACAAUUACGAUACGAUAUCAGCAUUGUUCCUGCAGCAAUAAGCAUAUCCAAUAUGUCAUCCAUAAAACGAAGGAAGGUGGACCCCACCACCGCGGCGCGCGCUUCUGUCAGGGGAAUCGCGGCCUUCACGAAGGUUUCGAAGGCACAGGUUAUUUCGCAACCGUUAUACGAUAAAACUCUGGCAGCGACGACUAAUAUCGAUACGGCCGAUACGUUUGGGAAGAGGAAGUUGCAACCGGCGAAGGAGGAACAGGUUGAUCAAGUCGAGGAAGCUUCAGUACCGGUUAUAACUAUAACCAAUACUGCCGAUCGACAAAUACGCCCUCUACCACAACGACGUUCAGUCUCCGCGCAAAGCUUGCUGAAAACACCACAACGACCAAUUGUCCCCCCCGCAUCUCCUAUCAGUACACCCGGCUCCGUCGAGACUCCCACCAAUGGCGCGCAGGACCUCCUUAACAGGAUAUGCCUCAACUCCCCCUCUUCCUCGACACCAUCCUCAUCCUUCAACGAUUCAGAAGUCAACCUCGACUCCUCCCAGACGACAAUCUCUUCACAAUACGACCCAUCUUCUGACGAGUUACCACAAAAACUCAUCGAUCUCUCAAACCUACAUUCUUCCUUCCUCACCGCACUAUCUAUACACUAUGCCCACAACGGCACCCACACCCCCGCCGAUCUCCGCCUCCUCUGCCCCAACGUCACCCGCGCCUGGGGCAAGCGCCGCGUAGUCCUCGAUGAUAUCAAGCGUAUCCUCGCCAUCCUGAACCUCGACUCUGCGAGCGGUAGCACACUUCUAAGCCUCUCCGACUACGGGCAAAACAAAAUCUGCGUCGAAACCCGCGUCCCCGACCGCGCCGGCCGCAUCGCCAAACCCCUCGACGAAAACACCAUGAACGCGACCUUCACAACCAACAUCACCUCUCUCUGGCAGAAAUCGACGCCUCAAGAAAUCGACGCCUUCAUCUCCACCCUCCCCGUCGAACCCGUCCGAAUCUGCUCUUCCCUCGCCAAAAUGUCGCCUUUACUCGCAAAGGGCCAGCGCCGCCUCAAAUUCAUCCGCGAGGGCAUCGCCAUCGGGAAGGCUAUUGAGGCUACUAAGACCACUGAUGUGAAGCCCGUGGAUGCUUCGGGGAAUAGACCCACCCUCCUCGAGCGUCUCCGCGCCAAGGCACUCGCAAAGGCAAAUGCCCCAGCUUGUCCAACCAAAGAAGACCUAGCCAGGAAAUCCGCGCUUGGCCGAAUGGAAGAAGUCGUCGCGACCCUGACGCAGUUGAGCACGAGCAGUAGCGCGGGACAGAGCAGGGUAAGCUUCACGAUGCCAACAGUGGUGGUUAGUUUGAAAGACAGCUUUCGGUCGCCGAUUAGUGCGAAGGAGGCGGAGGAUUGUGUGAGGUUGCUUGCGGGGGAGAUAGCGCCGAGGUGGCUGAAGAUUGUCAAGAGAGGGAGGAUGGAGUCGGUGGUUGUUAGUAGGGAUGAGAGGCCGAGUGAUAGGGUUAUUAGGGAGAGGAUUGGGAAGGCGUGA